CUUUCAUCGACCACACACACAUGAAUGAGUCCACUCACUCACUCACUGUACAAGACCGAAAAACCGGCCCAGGACGCAUCGCAUCAGAUACCCCCAUAAAGAUCCAUCCGUCCAUCCAUCCCAUCACUCGCUGCUCGCCCCUGUGUGUCCUUGCAGAGCGACGCAAGCAAGAUGUCCAUCCAUCCACGACGGCAGGCAGGCUACAUGAGCUUCAGGUGACCCGACACCUCAUCGAUCAGACCAGCAGGCCCUGAACACACCACACCACACCACACCAGACAACACACACACAACAGCGAAUGCACACCGCACACACAGUCCGCCUGCCUGUCUGACUGACUGACCUGGUCCGAGCGCCAGGACCGUCCUCGAGCCCUCUGCUAUCUGCGUCCGACCCUGCAGACAGACACACGGAACAAGGAGGCAGACAAGUAUGGACGACUGACUGACUGACGCCAACACAGCACUCCACCCAGCCGCCCGCCCACAGAACAACCAUUGCUCACUCACCGCGUCACACACAGUACUGAUCGAUCGCACACACCGCAACAAUCAAACGGCACGAGAAAAGGCAGUGAGCACACACAAUCCUGUCUGUAGUUUCUCCACUGCCUACUCACUCACUCACUACUCACUGUGUCUGGACUCCUUUUGCGUUAGCCGUCGUCCUGAGCUGGUCCAGCUCCUCUUCAUCGUUUGCCUUGAGGCAUAUCUUGGGCUGCCCGUUGUCCUCCCACGACUCCAGGUAGGGCGAGUUGGUCCGCAACGCCUUCUUGUACGCACCCAACGUCGCGUGCCCGCACUGCGCACCGAUCUUGCCCUUACCCAUGCCCAAGUCUGACAGAACAGCGGCAGCAAUUAAGGGAGAAGAAGAUCACCAUACAUGUGCUCGGCUGCCUGCCUGUGUUGCUGUGUUGCGUGCGAUAGAUGCGAUGGCUGCAGUCAGUGCUGCGUACGUACCGUUUCGCACAAUGAGUACCAGUUUGCACUCAUGCUCGUCGUCAUCGGCAUCGUCGUUCUUCUUCCUCCUACCCUGCCGGCUCCUGUCUGCUGCCGCCGGUGCUGCCUUGGAGGCCUUCUUGGCCACGGGGGCAGCCACCUGCUUGCCUCCGAAUAUCCUCUGGGCGAGUCGCCACAUCAGCAGCAGCAAGAUCAGACCGAAUGAUGCGAUGACGACAUGAAAGUAGUCGAAACUCGCUGCCAUUCUCGCGCAUCCACAUCAGUUCGGGGAAGG